CUGUGCCGCGCGGAAGGGGUGAAGCUGUUCCUCAAGGGCUCGCGCUGCCACUCCGAGAAGUGCCAGAUCACCAAGCGGCGCGGCAAGCCGGGCAAGGCGCCGCGCGCACGCAUGCAGAAACUUUCCGACUACGGCAUCCAGCUGCGUGAGAAACAGCGUGUGAAGCGCACGUACGGCAUGCUGGAAAAGCAGUUCCGCAUUUUCUUCGAACGCGCCAACCGUCAGCGCGGCGUGACCGCCGAGAACCUUGUGCGGAUGUUGGAGCAACGGCUCGACAACGUCGUGUAUCGCAUGCAUUUCGCGAGCUCGCGCAGCCAGGCGCGGCAGCUGGUGUCGCAUGGGCACGUGAUGGUCAACGACCGGCGGGUGACGAUCCCGAGCUUUCUGGUGCAGAAGGACGACGUUCUCGAGCUGCGUGAGCGGGGAAAGAUGAUGACGGCGGUCAAGGACAGCCUGAAGGAGUACUCCCGCUCCGGCACGCUGCCGUGGCUGCAAGUCGACCCGGAUGCGGUGCGCGGGCGGGUCCUGGCGCUGCCGCGGCGCGCCGAUGUGCCCGACCUCGAGGGCGUCAACGAGCAGCUUAUCGUCGAGCUGUAUUCCAAGUGA